AUUUCUUUACUUUCCCGAAAAUUAAAAACAGACUGCGUGGUCAAAGGUUCCAGUCACCAGAAGAAGCAGUUGACGCAUUCAAAAAUGCCGUUUUGGAUCUACCAGCAAACGAGUGGAAUAAGUGCUUCGAAAAUUGGUUCGAGCGCAUGCAGAUGUGUAUUAAUCUUCGUGGAGAAUACUUCGAAAAACAAUACAGUCAUUUGAAACUACCUACCGUGUUCUUUUAUUUCCAUAUGC